CACCCCCUCUCUUUUCUCUCAUUCAGUUCCCUUGAGAGCAAACCAAGAUGGAGAAGAAAAGAAGCAAACAGACUUCUCUAAUCCUGUGGGCUACUGUUGCUGCAUUACUCAUGCAGAAUUUGGUCAUUUCUUGUAGAACUCCUCCAAAAAAUUCGCGAACACCUCCAUCACAUGGCUCAGGAAGUGGUGGCUCUAGAAAAACACCUUCACAUGGAAGCAGUACCCGUGGCGGAAAAUCACAUGCUGGCUGUGAUAAUCCGCCAAGUGGAGGGGGCGGCGGACAUACUCCAACCCCAGAUCCUCCUUCGGGAGGAACUGGAGGUGGUUACUCUCCGCCAUCCCCUCCAAGUACCCCAUCCACACCGAGCACUCCGGAUAUCUCCGUACCAUCACCUCCAUUUGACCCCAAUUCACCACCUUCUGGAGGGGGCGGAUACUAUCCAUCCCCUCCAACUGAUAGUGGAACCCCGCCAACUACGCCUAUCAUAAGCCCUAACACUCCGAGCAUUCCCGAUAUAUCCACACCUUCAACUCCAUUUGACCCCAAUUCACCACCUUCUGGAGGGGGCGGGUACUACCCAUCCCCUCCAACUUAUGGUACCCCUACCACACCAAUUACUCCUAUCAUCGGCCCUGACACUCCGAGCAUCCCUGAUAUAUUCACUCCUUCAGCUCCAUUUGACCCCAAUUCACCACCUUCAGGCGGGUACUAUCCCUUCCCUCCAACUUUCCCUACACCUAGUACCCCCGGUAUACCCAUAUUUUUCCCACCAACUACCCCCAUCAUCAACCCGGGCACCCCUGCUAUCUACAUACCUCCACCUCUAUUCGAUCCUAAUUCACCACCUUUCUCGAUCGAUUACUGGAGGACUAACCCGGCUUUAAUAUGGAGCUUGUUUGGGUGGUGGGCAACUGUUGGUAGUGCAUUUGGUGUAGCUGCUACUCCGGGGCUCGGAUCAAACUUCAACCUCCUGCAAGCACUUACAAACACUCGUUCCGAUGGUGUUGGAGAACUCUACAGGGAAGGUACAGCUUCCUUGCUGAACUCCAUGGUGAACAAGAAGUUUCCUUAUACUACCAAACAAGUUAGGGAAAAAUUUGUUGCAGCACUUGGUUCAAACAAGGCUGCUGCAGCUCAGGCAGCGCGAUUUAAGUUAGCCAACGAGGGUCCAUUCAAGCCUAGAGCUUGAAAUGAAGGCUCGUAUAUAUCAAUAAUUCUGAUUCUACGUAUGAACAUUUUCUUACUAUCUCCUUCAUUCGAAUAGUGAUGUAUGGUAUCCUAACAGACUGAUAGACCUUGAACUUUGUAUCAUGUUCACCUUAAAAUCUUGCAAGUAUGUUUCA